AUGACUAACGUAUCCAAGCAGACCAAGGAAGGCAGGAUACUCCAGAAGAUGAAGCCAAAGCCGGUGUGGAAGAAGUUCACAGGAGUCCAAGCCAGGAAACCAGAGAUCCGAAGAGUCUCUAAGCCCACUGUGACCCUUCAACCCAACUGGUCCCAGAUAUUCAGAGGAGAGAAAGUCACUCUGAGAUGUGAGAUCCAUGGAGAUGGAGGAACUCAGUGGACGAAUGAAUGGCAUCCAACCAACAGAAACUCUGAAACAUCCAGUGAAUACAGGAUCAACACAGCUACUGAGUCUGGUGAUACAUACCGGUGUAAGGCUAGAGGAGACUACCAGAUAACAGACUGGAGUGAUGCCUUCAGACUGACAGUGAGAGAUAAAGCUCAGCCUGUCCUCUCUGUGUCUCCAUCAUGGCUGAGUCCUGGAGCCUCAGUGACUCUGAGCUGUGGGGGGUUGGAGCAUCCAUCUGCAGGAUGGAGGUUCUUCUGGUAUAAAGUGGUUCCAGCAAAAUCCAGCAGCUCCUACAGCUUUGAGCUGCUGACUGGCAGAACCAACUGGACUGAACAGAACUCCUACCUCAUUAAUGGACAGAAUCACACAGCAGGAUAUGUGUGCAGAGCAGGAAGAGGAGAACCAGUGUUUUACACUGAAUACAGUGAACCAAAGUUUGUCUGGUCUGCAGACUCUCAUCCAACUGCUUCUCUCUCAGUGACUCCAGACAGAGUUCAACAUUUUAUCUAUCAGUCUGUCACUCUCAGCUGUAGUGGGAACAACACUGAGUGGAGACUGAGGAGGUUUACAGAAAUAGGCGAA